AUGGACCUCCGCGGCAUGCUCAACGACGAUGGAAACCUUCCACCCGCGACCCCAAAGACGGGCCGACAAGCUUCGGUCGCAUCCAUUAUCUCGCCUACACCACCAUCCACUGCUGCCUCACACACGUCCAAGCCAUCACCCGCACCUCAGACGUCACCCCCACCACGUCCCAGGACCAUGUCUGUCGUUUCCUCUCACCAACCGCGCGAGAUACCGCCUUGGGCUCGCCGUUUCGAUUGGAACGCGCUACAGCGUGGAGAGAUCAGGCAGGCGCACAUACCCGAGCGCCCGCCUCCCCCGCCACAACAACAGCAACAGCAGCACCAGCCGCCCCAGCAUCAGGCACCGCCUGCACAAGCUGCGCCCCGACAGCCGCCCGCGCCUCCUCCCACAGAGGGCUCUAGCAGCGGUCUAGAACCGAGUCUCACCAAUGUUCAACCCUACGACGAGGUCGUGCGCCGGGUCUGCGACUUCUUAUGGCAAUACGUGGUCGACCGGGAGGAUCUGCAUGGAGGUGUGCCUGAGGGUGCCCACCCUGGCAUUAAGCUCGAGAUCGAAGGAAAAUUAGGCACGCUGCUGGACAAGAAUACCAGCGAUCGAGUUACGCUACCAAUCCUUACCCAAGCCGUCUCUGCCUAUCCAUCCAGCAAGCUCCAGUUUGAGAGCCGCAUGAACGAGCAACAACACAAGGCAUUGAACGAAUUCCUCAACAAGACCGUCGGCGAGAGCCUCAGGAGCGAUCGUCCGAAGAUCCAUUACAAGCAUCUGCGCGAGACGGACUCGUUCUACACUGCCGACGAAAACGUUCUGCAGUCUCUACCGCCAGCCGUGCGUCCAUACCUCUUUGGCCAAGCCCGCAUGCGCAAACCCCGCGUGCGAGUUACGAGAGAUACGAAUACGAAGGAAAUCAAGGCGCAGAUCGUGAAGGUACGCGUCGCCGAUCUCGACAUCAUCUCACCCAGCGAGGCCUUCGACUGCCGCAUCAGCGUGAACAUUGAAAUCCAGCUGGAUGAGGACAUUUCGGUGUUCGAGCCGUCGGAUGAACCUGGCCGCAUGAAGGAUCGUGUGAGCUAUCAGCAUCUACACACGCAGGUCGACUUGACCCAAGUCAGAAAGGCCAAUGACCCUCACCAGAAAGUUCAUGAAUUGGAGGUCGAAUUGAUGGCCGAAAAGCUCAUCGAACAGGGUUUAUGGACCAAGCAAGGACGCCCGGAUGCGUGCUACGAAGAGAUGGUCAAAACGUUCGUCAACAACAUCAGGAUACUUUCUAGGGAAGCCACUAUUAUGUAA